CCAGGACCUCUACUUAAGCCCCCGACCAUCCUGCCGCUGAGCUCCUCACUCCAUUAUCCCAUUCCCUCCCUCAACGGUCAAGAUGUGCGGUAUCUUCGCCUGUCACUGCCACCCCGAUGUGCGCAAGUUCAAGCCCACGGCUCUGAAGAUGGGCAAGGCCGUCCGACAUCGGGGCCCAGAUUGGAGUGGCAAUUGGAUCGCGAACAACACUAUCCUUGUCCACGAGCGUCUGAGCAUCGUCGGCGUCGAUUCCGGCGCGCAGCCGCUGGUCAACGACGAGGAGACCGUGUCUCUGGCAGUCAAUGGCGAAAUCUACAACCACCGCAUCCUCCGCAAGGGCCUCAAGACGCCGUACAACUUCAAGACGCACUCGGAUUGUGAAGUCAUCAUCCCGCUGUAUCUCGAACAUGACAUUGACGCUCCCCGACAUCUGGACGGCAUGUUCUCCUGGGUCCUGCACGAUAAAACCCAGGACCGAGUCAUCGCGGCACGGGACCCUAUUGGAAUCACUACAUUCUAUAUGGGAAGGUCGAGCACAACCCCCGGCGCUGUCUUCUUCGCUUCUGAGCUGAAGUGCCUCCACCCUGUCUGCGACAAUAUCAUCUCAUUCCCUCCCGGCCACGUCUACGACUCGAAAACGGACAAGCUGACCCGAUAUUAUGACCCCAAGUGGCUGAUGGAGCCGACCAACGUCCCUAACACACCGGUAGACUACAUGGCUCUCAGGACAACUUUCGAGAACUCGGUCCGCAAACGGUUGAUGGCUGAGGUGCCUUAUGGUGUCUUGCUUUCUGGCGGUCUUGACUCGAGUUUGGUGGCUUCAAUCGCGCAGCGAGAGACAUUACGGAUGAACGCGCUAGCAGAGGAACGCGCUAGUAGAACCAACGGAACCAAUGGCACUAACGGCAUCGAGCUCGAUGGACACGCCAAGGGCCAUCUAGUGGGUAUCGAUGAUUCUAACGAAUUGGCUACAGUCCAGAUCCUCCCUCAAUUGCACUCUUUUUCAAUUGGUCUUCCUAACUCACCGGAUGGGGUGGCUGCUAGAAAGGUGGCAGACUUCUUGGGAACGAAACAUCACACAUUCACUUUCACUAUUGAAGAUGGUCUCAAUGCUCUUUCCGACGUUAUCUACCACUUGGAAUCAUAUGAUGUCACUACGAUCCGCGCCUCAACGCCCAUGUUCCUGCUGAGCCGAAAGAUCAAAGCGCUGGGAGUGAAGAUGGUUCUCUCAGGUGAAGGAAGCGACGAAAUCUUCGGUGGGUAUCUGUAUUUCCAUGCUGCGCCAGACAAGGCCGCAUUCCACCAAGAAACCAUCCGCCGAGUCGAGAACCUGCAUCUGGCAGAUUGUCUCCGAGCCAACAAGUCAACCUCGGCGUGGGGAGUCGAAGCCCGUGUACCUUUCCUAGAUAAGGCAUUCCUUAACGUCGCCAUGAACGUCGAUCCGGCCGAGAAAAUGAUCACAAAAGACCGCAUUGAGAAGUAUAUUCUCCGCAAAGCCUUUGACACGAAGGACGAGCCAGACAACAAGCCAUACCUCCCGGACGAAAUCCUAUGGCGACAGAAGGAGCAGUUCUCCGACGGCGUAGGCUACGGAUGGAUCGACGCCCUCAAGGACAACGCGGAACUCCAUGUUACGGAUGAAAUGAUGAAGAAUCCGAAGCCAGAGUGGGGCGAGGAUAUCCCGGAUUCCAAGGAGGCGUAUUGGUAUAGGUGUAUGUUCGACGAGCAUUUCCCAAGCUAUUGCGCGAGUACUGUGAUGAGGUGGACUCCGACUUGGAGUAAGCAGACGGAUCCUAGUGGACGUGCCAUCGCCAUCCACGAAAAGAAAUACGAAUCCGCUGAAUGACUCCCACCUCUGCUAGCGAAAUUGUAGCCUACGAGCGAGCGACUAUGGCAUUGCGCCUCGCAUUAUCUGUCUUUACAAGCGGGGAUUCAGGUUAGAAAUUGGAAUAUAAGGUUUCAUGGUUUUCCUAUUUAUAACUGUCCUUUCCGGGGUGGUACAACGUCCUUUGUUUGCGAAUGAAUGAUGUUGGGGAUAGACUGCCUGCCUUGCCUUCGCUGGAACGCUUCUUUUGAGCAUGGAGCUGGAGCUUACUUGCCUUGCCAUGCCAUGACUGAUGGAUUCUUGUAUAUAGCAAAAUGAUGACGACGGUUAUGAUUGUGGUUGAGUUUUCGAGGUGUGGGACAAGAUGAGUGUGUGAUGUUCUUUGCUAUCGCCUUUGGAUGAUUAGGAACUAAGGCUUGUACUCAAUGGAG